GGGGUCUGCAGCUAUAGUGGGAGAGUGAGUUUAGGAGAAAGGGGUCAGCUAUUCCUUUAGGAUACAUGGCAAAUAAAGCAUAUAGAGGGAAAUACUAAAUCAGACUACUAAAGCCUUGGAGCUGCGUUGGACUUGAUGCAACCUUUGAGAUACACUUCUUCAUAAUAAGCCAAGAGAUGUUUUCCACAGUGUGUGAGAGAUGAUUGAUGACUAGUGUUGGAGUCGUGGGAAAGGAGAGGCAGAUCUUAGUAUGGCAACGUAUAGUAUUGGAGUUGACCUGCUUGUGAUUGAGGAAGUCAUGGAUAAUGAUGCUGUUGUAUCAAGGGUCACUGAUGUGGAAAUGAGCUCCUGUUCCACCGGUAGACUCACAAGGUCUGUGCAACAGAGAAAGGUGUAUGCUGAGAAUGGAGUCUGCUAGCAGGAUGACUGCAGGGCAGGACUGCCUUUACCAAAUUGUUAACAAACGUGGCCUUCUGAAAGGGGACAGUGCACCUACAGACCCUAACAACAGGCCAGGGCAGUGCCAGGACAGGGAAGGGCAACCAAUCUGCCCCUCAUCUCCAUAAACAACCUAAACAACCUGCUGGAGGUCCCAAGCAUAACUAUGCAGGCUGAGAGGAACACCUUGGCUGGGGGCAGAACACUCUCCAAACCUCCCCAUGCCACCAUCAAAGACAAGAUCUCAAAGUGGGAAGGAAAGGAGUCUUCCCCAUCCCCAACAUUAACAACAGCUACAACUACACCCACUCAGAGUAUUGUGGAAAGAACUGACUCCUUAAUUAAGAGUGAUUCCAAACCCACCAUUGAGGACUGCGAAAGACCGAAGAACAAUGGGAAGGAGAAGAUGGAGCAUAUCUCCCCAACAGUCACUACAGUUCCUAUUGGGAAAAUAACAGAAUCCCUAAAAAAGAUUGAUUCCCGACCCACCAUGGAGCACUGGAGUAGACCAGCCAGCAAGGAGACACAGCAGAACCAUGGGAAAGAUAAUGUAGAAUUGGCUGGGAAUUCGAGGACUACCUCGCCUGUGGGGCAUGUAAAGGACACUACUGUGAAAAUAACUGAAUCCCUUCAGAAGAAGGAUGUCAGACCCUCCGAGGAGCAGCAUAAAGGACACUGCAGCAGGCUGGCCAGCAGGGAAAAGCAGCAGAACCUUGGGAAAGCGAUCAUAGGAAGGGCAGGGGUUUCUCGGCCUACUGUGGAGCCUGUGAAGGAGCAGGUGAUGGGGAUGCUGAAGAAAGACAACGGUAGGAGACUGGUGGAGCAGAGAGCCGUCUUCACUCUCUUCAAGAAGCUGGAGCAGACCAUGAGGGAGGAGAACCCCAGCAACAGUCAUCUAGAGCUACCUGGCAACUACUUCUGCCCACCUAGCAGAGAUACACAUGUAGAGGCCAAGAGAAGAGAGAUAGAAUCCAUUUUAGGAACAUUGGAUGCUGACGAGAUGUUUGGGGAGUCAAGGCAAGGUGGGCAAGAGGGACGAGACCUGCAAAAUGUGUACACAGAGCCAGGGUCACCACCGAUAAACCCGGUCCCCAAACCCCAGCGCACCUUCCAGCAACGUACCUUUCAGCAUCUCUCCAAAUUUGAAGCGAGGACCCGCUCAUUACCGAGACAUGGGAAAGGGCAGAGGAAUCUGCCCCCACUGCCUUCCAUCUCCCCUCCACCUCUGUCCAACCAGCCUUCCCCCAACAUCUACAGGAGACCCAGGACAGACAGACAAAGAGAUAGAGACAACCCCAAGAGGAAAUCAUUUGAGUUUGAGGACAUUCCAUCAUGUCAUCCGCCUUAUCAUCAUUAUGAAAUUAUUACAGACUCUUCCAAGGAGAAUCCAUAUGAGGACAUUGAGGUAUCCAGUCAGUGCUCAUCACAACCUUCUCUACCUUCCUCUCCUGGGUCAGAAUGCUCCAAGAUCUCCAGGCCUGGUUUCUUCAGACAGAACUCUGGUGGGAGUUGCAGCUUCAAGCUUCCAGAUCUGCGUAAGACCAACCAUCACCGUAGUGAUAGUGGAGGAGUAGCAUCUCCCCCCCGGCUCAGCCCCCAGUCCACCCCUCACAGCGCAGAUGAGCUGCCCCACUGGCUGUCUGGAGGAGAUUCCUAUAACCACGCCUGCAGGAGGAUACCAAUGGAUGUGCUUAAAAUCAACAGUAUCUUUGAGGCUCGUGUUGGAAAGAAACAUCUGAGGAGGGUCUAUCACAUUGCUGAGACCAGCUCAGGGAGAGUCACAGAUGAAAACACUGACUCAGAAAGUGAGACAGAGGACAGGGCUAAAGCCCAUCGGCAGCGCAUGUCCUCAGUCCAGUCUAUCCUGAGCCAGCCGGGAGAGGGUCAGUACUGUAACAAACACAGCUCUCUGGACCUCACCAGGAAUCUGAAGGAGCUACAUCAACGCCAGCUCUUUGAGUACUUUCUGGUUGUGGCGCUGCACAGCACCAAGGCUGGCGUCCACUACCUGCCGGAGGUCACACAGCACUUUCCCCUCAAGCUGGAGCGGAGCUUCAAGUUCAUGAAGGAGACAGAGGAUCAGCUAAGGAUCAUCCAUUUCUGUUUCCCUGAUGCUAAGGACUUGAAGCCAGUAGAGAACUACCCCAGUGAAAUGUUCUCUUUUGUUUUGACUGGCGAAGAUGGAAGCAGGAGGUUUGGAUACUGUCGUCGUCUACUGCCCAGUGGGAAAGGAAAGCGUCUCCCUGAAGUCUACUGCAUCGUCAGCCACCUGGGAUGCUUCCACCUCUUCUCCAAGGUCCUGGAUGAGGUGGAGAGGAGGAGAGCCCUGUCUCCAGCCCUGGUCCAGCCCUUCAUGAGGGCAAUUAUGGAAGCUCCGUUCCCUGCUCCUGGCAGACCCAUCACCAUUAAAACCUUCCUGCCCGGAUCUGGUACUGAGGUAAUGGAGCUAUGUCGUCCGUCUGACUCUCGUCUGGAGCAUGUGGACUUUGAGUGUCUCUUCUCCUGUCUGAGUCUGCGUCUGCUACUCAGGGUCUUUGGUUCUCUCCUGCUGGAACGUAGGGUCAUCUUCACUGCAGACAAACUCAGUACUCUGUCUCAGUGCUGCCAUGCGGUGGUGGCUCUACUCUACCCGUUCACCUGGCAGCACACCUACAUCCCCGUACUGCCCCCUGCCAUGCUGGACAUAGUGUGUACCCCCACCCCCUUCAUCGUAGGGCUACUGUCCAGCUCCCUCCCUCAGCUCACAGAGCUACCACUAGAGGAGGUUCUGGUGGUUGACCUUGGAAACAGUCGCUUCCUCAGACAGCUGGAUGAUGAGGACACUAUCCUGCCUUCUAAACUCCAGUCAGCCCUAGAGACAGUCCUGGAGAGGAGGAGAGAACUGGCGUCAGAGCGAGGAGGAGACGGUCCUAAUGACUCUGGCCACCUCAGCACCGUUGUGUCCGAGGCCUUUGUGCGUUUCUUUGUAGAACUCGUCAGCCACUAUCCACUCUUCAUCACCCAAAGGGAGGUUGAGGCCUCCUCCCCCAUCCCUUCUUCUUUCCAACGUGAGUCCUUCCGUAAGUCUGUCUCGUCUAAGAGUAUGAGACAGUUCCUGGAGGUAUUCAUGGAGACACAGAUGUUUGGACUGUUCAUCCAGGAGAGAGAGCACCACAGACAGGCACUGAGAGGACUGUUUGAGGUGAGGGUGCAUGAGUAUUUGGAUUCAAUUCAUGGUAAUGAGCAUCGCAGGGUUAACAAGUUCCUCAAAGGACUGGGAAAUAAAAUGAAAUUCCUGUCCAAAAAGUGAUCCCCUCUCGACCGAUAAUCUGUUAAACCAGUAGCCUACAUGCAGAUGAAGAUGGGACUGGACACAUUAAGGACUGAAGAACGAAGAGACCGACUGACAAUGAGUUUAUUGUGACUGAGGCCAUGUCUAGACUUGACAGUUUAAUGCAGUUUUUGUAUUCUGAUCAUGGAGUUCUGAUCAUGGAAUUUCAAAUAAAUAAUUACAUUGUAUUUAACCAGGGGAAAACGCUUUGAGACCUUGGUCUCAUUUGCACAUGUGCCCUGGUAACAAUACAGAAAUAAAAUUGUACACUAUUUAAAACACCAAAUUUAAUAAAUAGAAAAUAUUAUAUAAACAAUCAAACAAAAACAAACACAUUUAUAUAUAUAAAAAAAAUCCCCAGCCUUUCUCCUAAAUUGACCCAGAGACAACAGCACAUUCAAAUGAUUAUUCCACGUGACAGAGGCCUGGUAGGAAAGGCAGAUUUACCCAACUCUACGGAUACACGUGGAGUCUCCAACAGUAAUCAACCCUGUGAUCUAAUGUUGUAAUCCGCACUUCUAUAUUUCAACAAUGCUGUUAAGUAAAUUGGUAGUUGUAUUGAGUAAGGCUUCAUAAAUAAAAACAGAAUAAUGAAGUGACCUCUGUGUUUUUAGCUUGGUCCAACCAACAUAAUGAUAAAGGAUGCAGUGGUGAGUGUCAAAACUGUCAGAUGUUAUAAAACAAAGUGUGCGAUGAUAAAUUGUGUCCAAACGCUUCAAAACACGAAGCAGCAUUCAUGUAUUUAAUAUCACCAUAAUCUAAAACAGGAAUAAAUGUAGCCUGAAUGAUCUGUUUUCUACUAUUUAAAUGAAAGGCUGGCCCUAUUCCUAUUAAGCCCAACUUAAUUAUAAAUGUAUUGACUAACUCGUCAACAUGCUUUUUAAAAGAUAGCAUGCAUCUACACCAACAUUUAAAUGUGUCUACUGUGUCCACACUUUGUUCUGGCUGGCAUUUAUGAGGCCAGCAAACACGUUCCUCAAACACUAGAAACAUAUUUCCUCCAACAUUAUAAUGAAAAGGUAGCAUCUCUGAACACAGACCACCUGUCUUUUCAAUCCGAUCCUCAUAUUCUGAUAGCAGAAGUCGCAUGUAAGUGUCAAGUGUAGACAUGCCCUCAGGGACACAUGGAGCCUGCAGUGUGUACAUGAUAGACUCAACAGAGAGAAUCCUAUAUACUGGGAGACUGUAUAGCACAGCCUGUAGAGAGACUGGUAUUGUACUAUAUAGUGUACUUAUCCAGUCUAAAUUAUCCAAACUACAUUUGAGGCCACUUGAGGGCAGUAGUUCAUUUUUUUUUUAACAUGUAUAAUGUAAUUGUUAUGAGUGUCUCUGAUUUGAUGAAUAAAGACACUUUGCCCUGAC